AGUGUGAUAGAAAUACAUCAGAAAGAUCCGGAGUGUCGAAUUGUAACGAUGUAUUUGGUGCUCGUAUUCGUAGUGGGAGCAUUGACGUUCGUCUGUGGGCAAGCCCAUCCCGAUCAUGGAACCGGAUGUGACGUAGCAAUUCGCCUAGAAAAGUUGCUGGCUGAUCUUACAAGUCGUGUCGAUGACCUGGAGAAACAAAGACAAGUGGAUCACAAGAAAAUAUCGGAUCUGAGGCGAGAAAUUGACGAGAUAAAAAUCGAGAACCAUGGACUGAAAACUGAGUUAGAUGAUAUGACUACUGUAAGAACCAGACGGUCACUAAACCCAGUCCCUCAGCCAUCCACUCUCGAUAAGGAAGUGGACGACACUCAAGCACCGACCGUACACAUUAAGAAUGGGACCAGACACACUCUUAAAGAAGGGGACACGACUCUAGUCGAUACAGGCAAAACCAAUCGAGUGGGCCGAACAAGAAAUUCACCCUCCGACAACAAGAUCUCUCAUAUUACAGACCGUGUUGGUGAAUUCCCAAGAGAUCCGACAGCCUUCUACGCAAGAAUGGGCAACAAUCUGAACGACGUCGUCAGGGGACAGGUGAUUCACUUUGAUAAAAUCGUCACUAAUAAUGGCGAACACUACGACAAAAACUCGGGUGUUUUUACUUGUGCUGAAGAGGGAACGUACUUCUUUUCGUGGACGCUGUAUACUCCAAAUAACCAUUGGGUUGAUAGCGAACUGGUUAAGAAUGGUGAACCUAUUGCUUGGUUUCGCACAGGAGACUCGCAAUUUUACGAAGCGUCGAGUACCACUGCCUUGGUAAAGUUAUUUCCUGGCGACCGUGUCUGGACAAGAGUAAGGGACGGCCCAUAUGGUGCAGAUCUUGUUGCCCUUGUUUCAAUGUUUUGCGGAUUCAAAAUAUGACAUUAAAUGUUGCAUUCUUAAGUGCAUAGCAUGUAAACAAUGUGCUCUGAUUUCCGCUUUUGUUGCAAUUGUAAUUUAGCUACAUCUCGUCUGCAAGAUUAAAAUUGAAAGUCCAUGUGAAGUAGAUAUGUAUAACAAGAAUAACAUAGAUAUAGGUCUCAAAAGGGAGGACGGGCGGCACAGUGGAUAGCGUACUUGCCUAUCACCAAGGCGACCGGGGUUCAAUUCCUCGAUCGGACGUAAAAAUGUAUUGGGUCACCUGCCCGACCACGUAUGCUUUCUCCUCUUACUCCGGUUUCCUCCCACAGUAAGACCGCGCGCUUACAUCUGGGCCAAGAAGAGUGAUUAGUGUAAGUUGCAAAAAUUAGUUUCAUAAUUGUUGUAAAAUAAAUAAAGUUUAUAAAUGUAUAUAUUAGGUCUGAAAAAGUAAUAACGAGAGAAUGGUUCAUCCACAUAUUUUUGAUUGAUAUAUCAGCAAAAAAGUGAUACAGACAUUGCGGAAACAUCAGCAAGAAAGCAUGGAACAUUAACAUUAUGUUAGAUUAAAAUUGAAAUAAAAUGAAUUGAUAUUCAAAUGUAUAAACCAUAAUCCUCGGUUAUUGUUAGCCGAAUGCAGUGAUAACACUCAUCGAAGAAGCUUUGACUGUAACUAUAAUGGAAAUAAAUCAACGAUAUUUUACUUUAGAAAAACAUCUAAUAUUAUUUUUAUAUUAUUGGAUACACCGAUCGCCACAGAUGUCGUAAAUGGAUACUUGAGGGAUCGCCGGAGUUCGUGGGGGUGUUCUUGUUUUUUUAGGGUGUUUUUUUUUAAUGUGGUUUAGCUCGUACAUGUAUGAUGACGUAGUGAUUAAUAGAAUCUAUCCUUACCUUCAUGGUGUGACAGAGAAAUCUCCAAUCCCCGGCAGAGCCUCGGGUUAGACAAUCAAAAGAAAUACCCCAAGGGUUGGCGAGUUCUCUGUUACAAGGUAGAGAAGAUUGUAUUAAUCCUAGUGUGUUGGCGCGGUCGUAUAUUUUUCCUUGUUUCUUCUGGGUAACUUCUGUGUUUCCCGUUUUGGAACUGAAAACAAACUGUUGCAUUUUUGUAUUACAUAUUAAUACCAAAAGACAUGGACAUUUUAUAACGUCGGUGAACUAUCUAAUUGAAAACAUAAGCCUUGUGUUCUAUUACAGUCUACUAAUUAAUGUAAUGAGUUACUCAA